GCGGCGGCGGUAGCGGGGCUGCUGCUCCUCCCAGCAUCCCUGGCGCGGCCAUUUCAGCCCCAUCUUGGCUGAGGGGAGGGAGCUGCAGCCGCCGCUUCAGCAGUUUGAAUUUCAGUUUCUCCAGAGCCUGCGAACCGGUCGCACCGAGGAGGAGCCGAAGAAGCUACCGCCGCUACCUCACACAGCCAGAGCGCCGCCGCUUGCCGGCCCGCCGGCCGCCGCCCCUCAUUCUCUCAAGAGCCGCGAGGGGAGGCCGAGACCGCCGCCGCCGCCCGCCCGCGGGGGUGGCUCCCCCUGUAAGGGGAGGACCGAGCCGGCUUUCCCCUCCCCCGGAGCGGGUUUCCGCCAGAGACAGUCGACAUGUCCCUGGGGCUGAGCUCCGGCUAGAGCCGGGGAGGGAGGGCCGCCCGGCCGCACCGAAGCUCCGCCGCCCGCCCGCGGCUCCCGGCUGAAUCAGGAAUCCCUGGCUCCGGACUCGCCACUCCUCCUUUUUCCCUCUCGGCGUCCGAGAGCCCGGAGCUGACGCCGGCACUGGCUCGAGGAGCGGGACAGCACCGCCCCUCACGCCGCCGCCGCCGCCUCCUCCCUUUCGCCCUCCCACUCCCACCCCCCAGCCUAGGCCUGCUGACCGCGCGGAGCGCCGAGCUGGACUGACCACGGCGGCCUGGAGACGCGAGGAGGAAGCAGCCGGCCCGCCCCUGGGAUCGCGCUUUCGCCGCCACUGGGGGGAUUGAAUUGAGGUGCCGCGACUGCGGGAGGCGAGAAGGAAGGAGGAGCCGCCGCGCGAGUGAGACGGGGGCAGAGCUGAAGAGACCGACACGGAGAAGGAAACGGGAGGAGGAUGUCUCGCGGAGCGGUCGACACACGGAUCAACCCGUGACUCUUACAGCGGCGGGCCUCAGACCCCAGCGCGGACGCGGACUUUGUCUUUGGGGGCCCUGCUCUGCCCUUCCUGGUUUCCGGCAAGAUCGCAGAGGAGCCGGCGUGCCUCUCUGCCCUCCAGCCUUCCUCACCAUGUCCAAGAUGCCGGCCAAGAAGAAGAGCUGCUUCCAGAUCACCAGUGUCACCACGGCCCAGGUGGCCACUAGCAUCACCGAGGACACCGAGAGCCUGGACGAUCCGGACGAGUCACGCACAGAGGACGUCUCCUCCGAGAUAUUCGACGUUUCUCGGGCCACGGAUUACGGCCCCGAGGAGGUCUGCGAGCGCAGCUCCUCCGAAGAGACGCUCAACAAUGUUGGGGAUGCGGAGACUCCCGGUACCGUCUCCCCCAACCUCGUCCUGGACGGACAGCUGGCGGCCGCGGCGGCCACUCCCGCCAACGGAGGAGGAGCCGCUUCGGCCCGCAGCGUGGCUGGGGCGCUGGCCAGUACCCUAGCGGCGGCCGCCACCUCGGCCCCCUCCCCGGGGGCCCCCGGAGCCCCCCCGGUAGCGGGCCCCUCCGCCGGGCCAGGGACUGCCGCCCCCUCGCAGCCCCCCACCACUUGUAGUUCCCGUUUCCGCGUGAUCAAGCUGGACCACGGCAGCGGGGAGCCGUAUAGACGCGGCCGAUGGACGUGCAUGGAAUACUAUGAGCGGGAUUCCGACAGCAGCGUCCUGACGCGGUCCGGGGAUUGCAUUAGGCACAGCAAUACUUUUGAUCAGACUGCGGAUCGGGACAGCGGCCUGGGCGCCACCGGAGGGUCCGUGGUGGUGGUUGUGGCCUCCAUGCCGGGGGCGCACGGACCCGACUCGGGAACUGACAGUUCCUUGACUGCUGUGUCACAGCUACCCCCGUCGGAGAAAAUGAGCCAGCCCGCCCCGGCCCCGCCGCAGAGUUUUGGCGUUGGGCAGCCGCAGCCGCCGCCCGUAGGUGGGGCUGUGGCUCCGAGCUCGGCUCCGCUGCCGCCGUUCCCGGGAGCCGCGGCCGGGCCGCCGCAGAUGAUGGCAGCCCCGCCGCCCAGCCAGCCCCAGGGCGCCGCGCCUGGCUCCGUCCCCCCGGGGCCCAACGGACAGGGCCUGCCGCUGACGAAUGUAACCCUGGCGCAGCCCGGCCUGGCCCUGCCUCCGCAGCCCGGCCCGGCCGUGGGCGCUUCUGCCGCACCGCCGCCCCAGCAGUUCGCGUAUCCCCAGGCUCAGAUUCCGCCGGGCCAUCUGCUGCCCGUCCAGCCCGCCGGCCAGAGUGAGUACCUGCAGCCGCACAUGGCCGGCCUGCAGCCGCCCAGCCCGGCGCAGCCCUCGUCCGCGGGCGCCGGAGCGGGCCCCGGCCAGAACGCCUCCUCCACGGGCGCGCAGAUUAUGGGCGCGGCCUCCCUGCCUGGCGAAGCCGUGGCCCCGGGGCCGGGCCUCGCGCAGGGCGGACCGGCCGCCCCCGGUCAGCCGGCCGGAGUGCCCCCGGCUGCCGUGGGAGGCGCGGCGCAGUCGGGCCUGGUUCCCGCCGGGGCCGGGCAGCCGCAGCCCGCGCCUCCGCCGCAGAUGGGCGGCAGCGGCACGCCAUCGGCAGUGCCCGGCGGCCCUCACGCCGUGGUGCCCGGAGUUCCGAACGUGCCUGCAGCCGCGCCCGCUCCCAGCGUGCCUAGUGUGUCUACCACUUCUGUUACUAUGCCAAAUGUACCCGCGCCCUUGGCCCAGGCGCAGCAGCUGAGCAGCCAUCCUCCGGUCAGCAGGAGCGGCAGCAUCAUCCAGCACGUGGGGCUGCCCUUAGCGCCAGGCACGGCCAGUGCACCGACGAGUCUACCGCAGUCUGACCUAAGCCAGUUUCAGACUCAGACCCAGCCUUUAGUCGGGCAAGUUGACGAUACUAGAAGAAAAUCCGAACCCCUACCUCAACCACCACUUUCUCUCAUUGCUGAAACUAAGCCUGUUGUGAAGCCUCCUGUUGCAGAUGCCCUGGCAAACCCCCUUCAGUUAACACCUAUGAACAGUCUCUCCACCUCUGUAUUCAGCAUAGCUAUUCCUGUUGAUGGUGAUGAAGACAGGAAUCCUUCAACUGCUUUCUUCCAAGCGUUCCAUUUGAACACGAUUCAGGAAUCAAAGAACCUCUGGGAUAGUGCAUCUGGGGGAGGUGGUGUAGCCAUUGACAACAAAAUAGAACAAGCGAUGGAUCUGGUGAAAAGCCAUUUGAUGUAUGCAGUAAGAGAAGAAGUGGAAGUUCUAAAGGAACAAAUAAAAGAAUUAGUUGAAAGAAACUCUUUACUUGAACGAGAAAAUGCACUGUUAAAAUCUCUUUCAAACAAUGAUCAGUUAUCCCAACUCCCAGCCCAACAGGCCAAUGCUGGUAGCACUUCUCAACAGCAAGCAGUGAUAGCACAGCCUCCGCAGCCAACGCAGCCUCCGCAGCAGCCGAAUGUGUCCUCAGCAUAAAGCUUUCUUGCCUCAUUAAGAAAAAAACUGAAAGCAAUCUAUCCUUGUGUGCCACUGGUGUUCUUUCCACUUUAUACGAAAGCAAGUAGCCAUGCUUCAGUUGUGUGUUUGGCCUUUUCAGUAUUAGACAAUCAUUCUGCAAGAGCUUUUCCUCUCUUUGAGAUGUCAUGCAGUGCUGUUGAUGUCCAGUUUAUGUCAUCAGUACACAGGGAGAAUAAUAGAUGGGGUGUAUUAAAGAGAGCAAAGUUAGCGUUUUACCUGGUGCGCACGAGUGGGGUCUUUUAAGAGCUUUGGUGGCUCUCCCAUGUUUCCUAUUAUCCACGGAUUUACCCUGAGCCUUCCUAUCGCAUUAUAAAUAACAGUUCAUCUAAAGAGCCACUUUUCUUUCAAUAUCAGUAACAUUUGCCUACAUAAGUUUUCAUUUAUUUGUGUUUUAUUUAUUACAGGGCUGCUAUUUUCAUAAUGUACAUGAACAAUGUCACAGAACUUUUUUAAUUUUUUUGAAUAAUUAUAAGUAUCAGUAAAGGAAUUGAAAGACAGGAUUGCAUUUAAUAGAUGAAACGUUUAGGCAAUAAUUGAACAAAAGAAUCCUGGCAUAUUUCUAACACUAAUGGCAAUUUACCUUCGGUAUUUAUUUUCAGUAGUAAAGACCCAGCUUGAAUGUAAAUUUUGUAUAGUGUAAGUAUGAAGAACAUAGUGCAACUGUACAGGUAGUCACCAGUUAUUGUGAUAUAAUAAAUAAUUGGGCUAUUUUGAUGAAGAAAACUUUGUUCAUUUGUUUCUACUUUCUAAUAGAGAAAUUGCCACGAUUCCUCUGCUUUUUGACAUUUCGUAUGACUUUUUUUUCGGGUGGGAAUAAAAAGCUGUGAAAUUGUUCAACCUACUUUGUAACCAAAGAAGCAAAGCUGUGUAAUGGAGGUUUUUUUUGUUUUGUUUUGUUUUUUUUUUUUUUUUUUUUUUUAUAAUGCACAUUCUUUAUGUAUUUUUAUUUAGUGUUCUCUCGGUCACAAUUUUCUUUGCUGUCUAGCAUGAUCUGCAUGACCUAUAAUCUUUGAACCACUUUCGUACCUCAUGUUUUUAUCCAGCACUCUUAUUGUAAUAUGUACUAGUCUGUGAACAAUGUCAAAUAAAAAAGAACGAACAGGUAGUAUGGUGGAGCUGAGCUAGUGUACUAUACACUAGUUGUUAAAAAAAAAAAAAAAAAAAAUAAUGAAGUGAGCCAUCUUUUUGUUCAUUUAAAAUGGUGUUUUGAAUUUCGUAUGCAGAAAACGUUUUGUUACAUUGCAGAUUUUAAUGUAUUUAAUAAAUGCAACAUGCAGAUUAAGUGCAGUGUAUACUGAGUAUUUAAAUUAAAAUGUACAUUUCAUAAAUACAGUUUCAAGAGAAAGCAU